CGGCAGUUCGGACCAUGGGAGGCCCCCGCGGCAGCGUCCUUCUUCAGGGGCUGUGUGUCUUGCUGAUUCUGUUGGAAGCUGGAUCCCAGAAAACCAGUGGCUGUGCACGCUGGUGCCCUCCGAAAUCCACAUGUGUCAAUGCCACCACCUGUCGCUGCUCUCCAGGAUUCAAUUCUCUGUCCGGGGAGAUCUUCUCCAGCCCCCUGGAGAGUUGUGACGACAUCAAUGAGUGUGGACCACCCCCGUUGGUGUCCUGUGGACGGUUAGCAGACUGUCAGAACACAGAGGGGAGCUACCACUGCAUGUGCAGCCCGGGAUACGCGCUUGCUUCUGGGGCAACGACGUUCAUGAAUGAGAGUGAGAACACAUGUCGAGAUGUGGAUGAAUGUCAGCUGAAGCCCAGAGUGUGUAAAAGCCGUGGCAUCUGCACCAACACCCAGGGCAGCUACACCUGCAAGUGCCUGCCCGGCUUCGAGCUCAACCUGGGCGACCUGAAUCUGUGCACAGAUGUGAAUGAAUGUACCUCGGGGCAGAACCCAUGCCACAACUCCACCCACUGCCUCAACAACAUCGGUGGCUAUGAGUGCCGCUGCCGCCCAGGAUGGAAGCCGGUUCCUGGAUCCCCCAAUGGCCCAAAGAGCACCGUCUGUGAAGAUGUGGACGAGUGCAGCUCCGGUAAGCAUACGUGCCAUUACUCCACUGUCUGCGUCAACACUGUGGGCUCCUACAAGUGCCGCUGCCGCCGGGGCUGGAAGCCCAAACCUAGAUUCCAGGAUAAGCAACUGAACACCACCUGCGAAGUCCCUGCAGAGAUGUCCUUCCCCGCCUGGACCCCACCCCCUGGAAUCAAGAGCCAGAAACUCUCCCAUUUCUUUGAAAGAGUCCAAGAGCUGCGCAGAGACUUCAAGCCAGCCUUGCCUCAGGAAACCAUCCAGAAAGUCAUCGAGUCAAUGGAUGAGAUGCUAAAAGCCUCCGGAGACCUGGAGGCCAUGGACCCGUCUGAAAGGCACCACAUGGCCACCCACUUCCUCCUUGGCCUCGAAACAGUCCUGAGGACCCUGGCCAAGGCCAUGCCUAGAGCCUCCUUCACCUAUCGCUCCCCUUUGGACACAGAGCUAUCCCUGAUGAUCCAGGAGCAUGGGGAUGGAAAUGUCACCAUGGGUCAGACGCAUGCACAGAUGCUGCUGAACUGGGCUGUGGCGACAGAACCCAGCAACUCAGGCCCCACCGUGAUGGGCAUCCUCUCCAUCCGGAACAUGCAGAAUUUGCUGUCCAACGCCUCCUUGGAGCUGGAACCUGAGAAGAAAGAGCAGCUAAAAAAGAUCCACCAAAGUCCUGUCCGUGGUGCCCAGCUUCAGCUCCUCUCGGCCGUCAAUGUGGUCUUUCUGAGCAACACAAACACAGAGAAACUUGACUCUCCUGUCACCUUUGCCUUCUCCCACCUGGAGAAUCCUCAGCCAAAGAAACUUGGGACACGGCAGGAGUUGAUCUGUGCAUUCUGGAAGGGUGACAAGAACAACGGGCACUGGGCCACCAUGGGCUGCCAGACCCUGGGCACUAGGAAUAACAGCACCACCUGCCAGUGCAACCACCUGAGCAGCUUUGCCAUCCUCAUGGCCCACUAUGAUAUAGAGGACCAGAAGCUGUCCCUGAUCACCAAGGUGGGGCUGGUGCUGUCACUAUUCUGCUUGCUGCUGUGCAUUCUCACCUUCCUGCUGGUGCGGCCCAUCCAAGGCUCGCGCACCACCGUGCACCUGCACCUCUGCAUCUGCCUCUUCGUGGGCUCCACCAUCUUCCUGGUGGGCAUUGAAAACGAAGGCGACCAGGUGGGGCUGCGCUGCCGCCUGGUGGCCGGACUGCUGCACUACUUUUUCCUGGGCGCCUUCUGCUGGAUGAGCCUCGAGGGCCUAGAGCUCUACUUCCUGGUGGUGCGCGUGUUCCGCGGCCAGGGCCUGAGCAAGUGGCAGCUCUGCCUGAUAGGCUACGGGGUGCCCCUGGUCAUCGUGGCCAUCUCCGCGGCCGUCAAAAGCAAGGGCUACGGCUACAUCCUCUAUUGUUGGUUGAACAGAGAGGACGGCUUCCUCUGGAGCUUCCUGGGGCCUGUGAUUUUCAUCGUUCUGUGCAAUGCGGUGGUCUUCGUGACUACAGUCUGGAAACUCACGCAGAAGUUUUCUGAGAUCAACCCAGACAUGAAGAAACUGAAGAAGGCCAGGGUGCUGACCAUCACUGCUGUGGCCCAGCUCUUUGUGCUGGGCAGCACCUGGGUCUUUGGCUUGUUCCUCUUCGACCCGGAGAGCUGGGUGCUGUCCUACACCUUCUGCAUCCUCAACUCCCUGCAAGGCCUCUUCCUCUUCCUGCUCCACUGCCUGCUCAACAAGAAGGUGAGGGAGGAGUACAGGAGGUGGGCCGGCAGGAUCACAGGGAACAAGUACUCGGAGUUCGCCACAGCCACAUCCAGCACGAGCCACCAUCAGACCCAGGCCCACAGGCCCUCCGAGUCCGGGAUGUGACCUCACGGGUCUGGCCAGGCCAGCAGCUUCUGUGGCCUCAGCAGCUUUUGCACAUGCUGAAGACUGUUCCCUCCUCCCUCACCACUCUGCUCCUGCUGCCCUCCUGCCUUGGCCCCCACAUG